UAGUGUUGGCGCACAAAGAGCGCUGCCAUCUUGAACGCGUUGUACAUGGAACCUGAAGACAGUGUCUCCAAAUAAUGACAGAUUACAACGCUGUGGCACCGCCAACGACGACCAGUUACGAUCCAAGUUCUAUGUUUCAGGAUGCUCUUCAGAGAGCGCGCAUGAUUGCAGCAAAAAUUCACACUACCGACGAUCAGCAAACUGCCCCAACCCAAGGAAUUAAGCGACCACUAGAAGUAGAAGAGGAUUCAUCACUUGGAAGUGCAGAUCCAAAGAGACUAGCCGCAGUAAACGACCCAAUUGUUGCACAGUUAGCAGCCAGACAGCAAGCCAUGAUGCAAGGAGUGGGACAACCCCGGCACUUGAAUAUGGGCGCCGUUUCUAAUGAUGAAUUUGAAGUUCCAGACGGCAUGGUCGGACUAUCAAUGGUAGCACAUGAGGAAUGUGAAGUUCCAGACAGUAUGGUUGGAUUGUUGAUAGGAAGAGGAGGAGAACAAAUAAACAGGCUUCAAGCAGAAUCUGGAGCCAAAGUACAGAUUGCACCAGACAGUGGAGGCAAACCGACGCGAUCAUGCACCCUCACAGGCACUCCUGAAGCGAUCGAGAAAGUUAAAGAACUGAUAGACAGUAUAGUCUCCAAAGGCAACGUUCAGCCACCAGGUUACGGAGGCGUAGGCAUGGGUGGCCUUGGGGGCGGUGGCGGUGGCGGUGGCGGCGGCGGCAUCGGCGGCCAUGGAGGAGGUGCCAACGUCACUUCAGAGUUACCUAUCCCAGCAAGCAAAGUUGGGCUUGUCAUUGGAAAGGGUGGCGAAACUAUCAAAAGUUUACAGGAAAAGGCUGGUGUCAAGAUGGUCAUGGUACAGGGGACGAUGGCCACGGCUCCUGAAAAGCCCCUCAGAAUCAUGGGUGAUCAGCUGAAAGUCCAGCGGGCACGUGAAAUGGUUCUGGACCUUCUUGCCUCUAAAGACAUGGGAGGCGGGUUCGGAGGGGGAGGUGGUGGAGCGGAGGGCGGAGGGGGAGGUGGCGGAGGCGGAGGCGGAGAGUACGGUGCGGGUCCUACGCGGAGAGAAGUCACUGUUCCACAGUUUGCUGUCGGCGUAGUGAUUGGAAAGGGAGGAGAAAUGAUCAAAAAGAUACAGGCAGAAAGUGGAGCCCGUUUACAGUUCAAGCAAGAUGAUGGUUCGUCGAUGAAUGGCGAGAGAGUGUGCAUGGUGAUGGGAAAUCCCGAAGCUCUGAACAAAGCAGUAAACAUGUUGCAUGAGAUUAUACAGAGCGCUCAGGAUAGACAAGGCGGUCCACGCGGCGGUCCAGGAGGUGGGCGAGGCCGUGGUCGCGGGGGCGAUCGUUGGGGCGGCAACGACCGGGGUCCCGGCGGCUACGGUGGAAACUUCGGGGGCAGCUACGGCGGCGAACAGGAUGAAGUGCGUUACCACGUCCCCGCAAACAAAUGUGGGCUUGUCAUUGGCAAAGGAGGCGAGACGAUAAGAAACAUCAACCAGUUGACGGGUUGUCACGUAGAGCUGGACCGGCACCCGCCGCCCAACCCCAACGAGAAGGUGUUCCUGCUUCGCGGCGACCCCGAGCAGAUACACCACGCGCAGACGCUCAUCGCCGAAAAGUGUAGUCUGCCGCCGCCGGCCGGUCCCGGACAGGGCGCUCCAGGACCUAAUGGACCGGGUGGACCAGGAGGAUAUGGUGACGGAGGCCCACCUCAGCAAGCGGGUGUGCCGCAGGGUUACGCCCCACAAGGAUGGGGCAAUGCCUAUCAGCAGUGGAACCCGCAGCCUACUGCUCAAGGCAAUGGGCAAGACCCGAAUGCACAGGGAUGGCAGCAGUACUAUGCUCAGUAUGAUAGCGCACAGGGACCAAGGACGUCGCAAGCAGAUGUUGGGAGUCGUGCUCCCGCUCAGGGUCAGCAAGCACAGCCGGACUAUACUCUCGCAUGGGCCGAAUAUUUCAAGAAACAGCAAGGCCAGCAAGCGCAGAACCCUUCGGCAGCAGGUCAGCAGCAGCCGGCCGCGCCGCAGCAGCAACAGCAACAGCAGCAGGCGGGCCAGCCCGACUACAGCGCCGCGUGGGCCGAGUACUACCGGCAGCAAGGCUACUACGGCGCCCAGCAGGCGGCACCACAGUAAGAUGAUCAUGAAUCUUGUCGAAGAUAUCUGCGGCGAUUGUACCGAUGCGUUCUACCUUAGCAAAACCCUUAUAAUAUGCUGACAUUUCAGCAUUCUGGCAGCCAUCAAAAUCCACACCGAAAAGUGUUUAAGCUAUCUGAUUGGGAUAAGUAGUCAGUCAGCAAGGUAGUGGUGCCAGAGAAGUAAGUGUAGCUGCAAGGUUAAGCCAGUUUCUUAGUUGUAGUGAAGAGACGCAACUGGCCAUCCGUGGAUGGGGGGGCAGGGAAACAUUAUGACGUGGAGUUAAAUGAAUAGAAGCAUCGUGGGAUCAGAGGAUAGUUAUUUGUGUGUAAGAUGGCGGUGUGACAGGGUUAGUGUUCACCCAGCCAGAGAUUCGUCUCCAUUUAAGUAUAGUUAUUGUUAAGUGGUGUGGAAAACUAAACUGCAAUGUCACUGAUUUUUUUUUAAUGUUUAUGCAUAUGUAACAAAUUACAUUGACCAUGGGGUUUGCCUAUAAAAUUGAUACUGUACAGAUUUUCCUGUCUAAUAGUAAAUACGAGUCCAGACUAUUAUGAACCAUGACGUGUCAUUUUAUGAAUAUGGAAGAGUUUCAUUGUUUUUUAUGUUGAAUAUGGUAAUUAAUAUGAUAAGAAAUAUGCUUUUAUCGCUAAGUAUGUGUGUGCCUCUUCCAGUUUAUCACCCACUGCACACGUAUUAUAGUGUUUGUUGGUGUUAUCUACGCUAUUCACUACAACAAUGUAUGAUCCAUCUUAUGUACUAUUUGCUGUCGACGGUGUUAUUAAAAUUAAUGGUGUUUACUAGUAAACUUUGUAGAGAGGUGUCGUAUUUCUGUAGGUGUUAGUUUGAAAUACUGCACAGUCGUUGAGUGGCUGGAUUGCGUGAGCCCGUUGAGCAGUACCUGGCACACUGCGGACAAUUGCUGCGCUGCCGAGCUGUCAUUAGUCGGAACGACUAGGUGACAACACAGAAUAAGAUCAGUGGGAGCUGUAAGGUGCCACCCCUCUUUUUGAGACGAUUUUACUUAAGUAGAGUAAAAUUAAUAGCAACUAAAUUUGUAUUGACAGCGAGAAUGAUUAUUUACUUAUAUUACCCCUAACCCAUCAGGCUCCUGCUGUCAGUGAGUGUACGUGAAAGAUUUUUGUGAUUGCAUUGCAAUUGUGCAAACAAUUCGCGGGCUUGUAUGAAAGCAUAGGUUCAAAGAACCCCUCACUCACCUAGAUUAAUUAAGAAUUUACGUAUAUAUAAUGUAACACCCAUCGGCACUGUAUUGUUAAGUAAUUGCACACUUCAGUGAUCCCUGUUGUGAAAUAAACGUGACCACUGUGAAAUGCUUGCUUUUCUU